ACGCUCUAUCUGGCGACUAAAGACCAAGUAUGCUGACGGGACGAGUUGCGGGACAGGCUAUUCUGGGCCGUUAUGGGGCUGCUGCAGUUGCGGGAGCUACGGGACGGACGCUGGUGACGACGGUGGUGGAGGGCGGGCAGGCUCGGGUGGCCUUGGACGGACCGCCGGCCAAUGCGCUGUCGCUGGAGAUGCUGAACGCGAUCAACGAGGCUAUGAAGAGCGCGAUGGCGGACGAUGAGGUCAAGGGCAUCGUGCUCACCGCAGCCAAGCCGGGAAUCUUCUGCGCAGGCCUGGACAUCACUGCCAUGUACGGCGCCGAUCAGGAGUCGGCUACCGUGUUCUGGCGGGCGGUGCAGGACGCGUGGCUCAACAUGUACACCUGCCCCAAGCCCGUUGUCUCUGCCAUCAACGGUCACGCACCAGCUGGCGGCUGCCUCCUUGCCAUCUGCACCGACCAUCGGGUCAUGGGCAACGACGGUGGCUUUGCCAUCGGCCUCAACGAGACCCAGCUUGGCAUCGUCGCCCCGCCGUGGUUUGCCCGGCCCUACGCCGACCUCAUGGGCCAGCGCAAUGCCGAGCGCCACCUCUGCCUCGGCUCGAUGCUCUCCGCCGACGACGCCCUUGCCAUCGGCCUCGUCGACGACCUUGUCCCGACCGCCGACGUUGUCGAGACCGCCCACGCCACCCUGGCUCAGUACAUUGCUAUCCCGGCGCAGGCUCGCGCGAUGACCAAGGCCAUGAUGCGCGAGGCCACCGUCCGCGCCACCCUCGGCACCCAGGAGGGCCGCGAGGCCGAUCUCGGCCGCUUCCUUGCCCUUGUCCUCUCGGAUCCGGUCCAGGCCUCGCUAGGCAAGUACCUCAAGGCCCUCUCCAAGCGCAAGUCCAAGUCCAAGUGAUGGUUGUGGGUAAACACACGUGUGUGU